ACCCCGCCCUUUCCUCUCCCUAACUUUGGUCUGGACGACUUUCUGUUUUGCAGUGAUUUGAUUGCUUGGUCUCAGCUAUGUGAUUUGACUCGGACACACCUCGCCCUGCACCACCACCGACUGUCCUUUUCAUCUUCGUCCUCGCCGACAGGCAGCCUCUUUUGGCGGUGUUACCGGCGCUCACCGGGGGUGGAAGAUGUCCACUGGCUUCUUCGGGCCAGAGCCAGUUUAGGAAGAUCUUUUCCCACGGAGACUUAUCAGGAAAACACCGACGUUUUUUGUCCUGUUUAGGCCGUUGUAAUUAAUUAAGAAGCAGCUGUCAUAUUUGGCUUCUUCUUCUUUCUUUUUUUUUACACCGAGCUUUAUGGCUGUGAAACGGCGUCCGGGGCUGUUGGUGCAAAGUAAGAGGCUAUGAGUGCGGUGCCAGGCCAAGGCGAGGGCGGACAGGAGAUGUGUUCUGGCUAGCAGCGCUAACCUCAUCUGGACCUCAGCUAGGUCGACAAACACAGAUUACUUAGCACAUUAUUCAGUCGUCAACUUAUGAGUUCGUAUCCUUUGUUUGUUUUUAACACACUCCUCAGUUUGCAGUCAGUGACACGUACGGUUUUAACCAGAAACCACAGCAAACACAAGAUGCUGAAAAAGCAGUAAGUUUGUUAGCUAACUGUUAAAAUCAACAUUUAAGUUAUCUGGCUGCCGAGGCACGUCGUUCAGCUAGCUAGCUGUGCAUCAUAACAACAAAAGCCAAAUGCCUAGCCCUUAUUCAUUGACACAAGAGACUGUAGGGACUGUUGUCUGUCCAGCACUAACACACUAAUGUUGAUAUGUUUAAACUGACCACAGGUAGUGACUCGUUUAGCACAGCCUAGCAGGUGGAUGGACAAGCAUGACUACUAACUAACUAAAGAAAAAGGUGUGAUAGCAGGACUGAUUUGAGUCAACUAAGACGUUCAUUUUGAGUGUUUGGCACCGGUCUAACCCUGUAAGUCACAACAAGAACUCGACCCAUUGACCAUGGAGGGAAAUGUACAACAACAGAAAACGACUCCUUUAGCCCGGGAGCUGAUGAGGAUAUUUAAUAGCUACAACAAGCACUCCAUACAGCUGAAGAAGAACCUGAAGGAAACUAAUGCAUUCUUCCGGGAAAUAAGGCAAAAUUACAGCAAUGCUUGUGCAUCAACCAUGAGCUCGGAUUUGGCUUCUCUGGAGGCAGGCCAGCUAAGCUGCAUCUCUUUCCCGAGCCAUGAGGAAGAGUUCCUACGCAGCACAGUGGGUGCUACCCCGUACAUCCUGGUACUGGGCCAGGACUGUGCUGCCCGCUACCAGCUGCUCAACUGCCUUCUGGGGGAGAGGUUGCUGCCACUGGGCCCAGAGGCCGGCGAGGCUUGUGAAGGAGUCCAGGGCACUGUCUGUAAGAGGAGGAAGCUGUGUUUCACCCAUGGGAGACAGACACGGCUCAGUUUGGCUCUGCCCGGCCAGUAUGAGCUGGUGCACCAGUUGGCGGCUAACUGUGGCAGAUGGGAUACAGUGCCAAGGGAGGACCUGGAGAUCCAUGAGGAAUGCGAGGACCCGGCACACAGGCUGGCAGAACUGGAGAUCACCCUGCAUCACCCACUGCUACAGGAAGCAAAGGUCAUGGUGGUGCCUUGUCAGAGCGUCCAGCCCAUAGGAGAGGCCCUGGAAGACUGCACUCACAACGUGAUCCCCAUCAUACUGUAUGCCAUCAACCAGGACUCCCUAAGCACAGAGCAGGUGGCUGAGCUCUGGAAGGUCAAAGAGCUGCUGCCCUUUCCCAUCUGUUUUGUUCGUAUCCCUAACACCAUGCCAGCAGCCUCCCCUGAACCCGGCCGCCGCAUGGAGAAGGAAAAAGAGAGGGAGAAGAGUUCCCUCCAUAAGCAACUGCUGUCCCUCGGUUUCCUCAGUAGCCCGACAGGAAACUGCUCCUGUGGCGCCCCUACACAGGGGCCCACCCCAGGUGCCAAGCCCCAGAGCAUGCUGGGUGAGACCUUUGAAAGACUGCAUCGGUUGCUGGUGCCUUUUACUCGUCAAGUGCUUCAGAACCAGCAGGUGGAGGCUGCCAACCUGCUUAAUGGGCUACAUUGUCGCUGUCUAGAUCUUUUCAUCAACCAGGCCUUUGACAUGCAGAGGGACCUGCAGAUAACGCCCCGCAGGCUGGAGUACACCCGUGAGAAAGAGGGUGAGCUGUUCACCUCCCUUAUGGCCAUCGCUAACCGCAAACAGGAAGAGAUGAAGGAGAUGAUUGUGGAGACGCUCAGCAGCAUGAAAGAGCAGUUGCUAGAGGACGCUGCCAACCUGGAGUUUACAGACAUCAUUGUAACAACUAAUGGAGAGCCUGUUUCAUCGAAGGAGAUCAAAUCUUGCAUCCACCAGAUCCAGGAGCUGAUUGUGAUCCGUUUGAAUCAGGCUGUGGCAAAUAAGCUGAUCAGCUCUGUGGACUAUCUUAGGGAGAGCUUCGUAGGAACUCUGGAGCGAUGCCUCAACAGUCUGGAGAAGUCGAACAUCGAAUCUUCUGUCCACAAUAUCACUUCCAAUCACCUAAAACAGUUAUUAAAUGCUGCCUAUCAUGUGGAGGUCACCUUUCACUCAGGAUCUUCUGUCACACGACUCGUCUGGGAGCAAAUCAAACAGAUUAUCCACAGGAUAACAUUUGUGAACCCUCCGGCCAUCACUCCAGAGUGGAAGAGGAAAGUGGCCCAGGACGCCAUAGAAAGUCUCAGUGCUGCCAAACUGGCCCGAAGCAUCUGCUCCCAGUUUAGAACCCGGCUCAACAGCUCCCAUGAGGCCUUUGCAGCAUCUCUGCGCCAGCUGGAGGAAGGGCACACAGGGCGUCUGGAGCGCACUGAGGACCUGUGGCUGCGUGUGAGGAAGGACCACGCCCCUCGGCUGGCCCGCCUUUCAUUGGAGAGCCGCUCCCUCAGGGAUGUGCUGCUGCAUGGCAAGCCAAAGCUUGGGCGAGAGCUGGGUCGGGGCCAGUACGGAGUUGUAUACUUGUGUGACAGUUGGGGAGGACACUACCCAUGUGCCUUAAAGUCUGUGGUGCCGCCUGACGAUAAACACUGGAACGACCUGGCUUUAGAGUUUCACUACACAAGGUCCCUGCCCAAGCAUGAGCGGCUUGUCGACCUGCACGGCUCUGUGAUUGAUCACACCUACGCAGGUGGCUCGAGCAUCGCCGUGCUGCUCAUCAUGGAGCGGCUCCACAGAGACCUCUACACCGGCUUGAAGGCUGGUUUAUCACUGAGGGAGAGACUUCAGAUUGCACUGGAUGUGGUGGAGGGCAUUCGCUUCCUGCACAGUCAGGGUCUCCUGCACAGAGACAUAAAGCUAAAAAAUGUUCUGUUGGACAAACAAAAUAGAGCAAAGAUCACUGACCUCGGCUUCUGUAAACCAGAGGCCAUGAUGUCUGGUAGCAUUGUAGGAACUCCCAUCCACAUGGCUCCAGAGCUGUUUACAGGAAAGUAUGAUAACUCCGUCGAUGUCUAUGCCUUUGGGAUCCUUUUCUGGUACCUCUGCACUGGCUCAGUAAAACUCCCAGAAGCCUUUGAGAAAUGCUCCAGCAAGGACCAGCUUUGGAACAAUGUUAAAAAAGGUGCCAGACCAGAGCGGCUGUCCGGUUUCGACGAGGAGUGCUGGCAGCUGAUGGAGGCCUGCUGGAACGGAGACCCCUCCCAGAGGCCCCUGCUUGGUAUUGUGGAGCCCAGCCUGCAAAGCAUCAUGGUCCGACUCUGCAACUGCGGCUCCGAACAGAAAAGCAGCAGCCUCGAGGACUCAAACUGAAAACACUCCAGACAAACUAACACGUGUGAUAGGGAUUGUGAUCAGAGAAGUAUUUUUGUUGUAUUUAUGAAGAGCUGAAAAGAGAACUUCUGAAGAACAGGCGACCGAUAAAAAAGUGUCCUCCUUGUUCACAGUUGUUGAAUUUACAUUAUUUAUGAGGAGUUGAUACAGACCAGAAGUUUGCAAAUAUGUGUGUUUUAUUGUUUGUCCUGUGUGUAUUUGUAUACAAACUCUACAAUACGCUUUUGUCGUAGCUGCAAUGCUAAUCGCUACUUGGUCAUAGAAUUGUAACUAGAUGCAAACUGUUUUAAAAAGUAGUCCAUUCCCAGUAUUAUGAAAAAAUAUAAAUAUAUAAAAGAUUGAUUUUUAGAUUGUAUUUAAACUGAACAUUUCUGCAUCUAUACAAUACAUUUUUUUUAAUAAAAUGAUCUGUUACAACAAAUGACAUUAGCUAUCGUUGGGUUAUUUCUGCAUUUGUCUGAGGUAAGAAAGUUUUAACAAUGCUGUGUCGAUCUGUGACACCUUAAGAUGAAGCGGUGUCUUCUCACAGCUCUUCUUCACUGGAUGUACAUGCCAACUGGUCUAACCCACAUGGAGGUAGAUUUGUUUUAAUAUUGAUGUGUAGUGUUGAUAUUUCUUUGUUAAGAAAUGACAUAUUGCAAUUUUAUUGUUUGUUAAUAUGUAGGCUAAGCUAAUGUUAACUACUAAACCGGCACCUGUUCCCAUGGCAACAUUAAAACAUUCAUGUUGCAGACUAUGGGAAUGAAAGCAGGGUGCUGGAUUUUUUUACACUGUGAUGAUGAUUAAGAUUGUAAAUAGACCACAUUUCAUACCUAUCCAACCUGUAAAGAGAUAACUGGUGUCAUUUCUUUACCAUUGAAUUUAUGGUAUUCAUUCAGUCCAGUUGUGAGACAAACAUUGAGACAAAUCUACCUCUAUAUAAAUACCAUUCAUAGUUUUUACACAGUGACAGUUCAAGUUUCAUGAACAUUUCCGGACCUUUGCAGAUUUUUACAUUAGUUUAUAUGUGGCAGAAUGUUCACAGAGUGGACAGAAGCUGUUCAACUCCUCUGAAAGAUUUCUGUUGAACUUGUCCUCACAGCCACAAAGUUUCCAAUAACACUAAAUACUGCAUAUUACAGUGGAUUUUUGAGUCAUUUAUGCUUUAGUAAAACAAGCAGCUGCCACUGCCCCAGCCAGUCAAGCAAGUGACAAGGAAGUGAUGUCCUAACUGAUGACCUGCCUAGAUGAGAGGACUGACGGAUUGCAAUUUUCAUUUUCAUUUUGACCCUAAAAGAGCGUAGUGACAUGUAAAUGUAAAUGCAAUGGACUA